AUGUUUCGUGAUAAAUGCCCAAAAGGGCCUUUGUCUAUUUUGUACGCCUGUGGGAAGUCACCCCUAGAGCUAUGGGACAUGCAUGUGAGGAAUGGGUUCGUUAGAAGAGUAAUGGAUAAUGAAAUAAAUUCACUGGCGGUGGAAAUUGCAGGGACUAAUGUAUCUACUGCGUAUAUUUAUUCCCCGAAAAAUCAAUCAGCGAGUUUGGGAAUUUCUCAUCCUUUUAUUGUUAUAUUGCUGAAGAAUAUGAAGAGAUAUUUCACAAUGGAAAUUACGACUAAAAUAAGACCCUUUAGUACAACAAUGCCGAUGGGAUUAGGAUGUGGGUGGAAUCAAAUUCAACUAAACAUGGUAGAAUUGGUGAAAAUAGCGUAUGGAACUGUUUACAGAGAAACAACUAGAUUACAAAUCCAUGCGAAUUGCAGAAUCCGUCGUAUAUACUUUUCUGAUAGAUUGUACGGAGAAGAAGAUUUAUCAGAGGAAUACAAAAUUUCUUUUACAAAGCCAAAGACAAAUAAAGAAGAUAAAAAAGACCGAAGAAGUAUCACUUCAAAGACUUCAGGAAAUCGAUCAUUAAAUUCACAAACUUCUCAGGAAAAAGCUCCAGGAGACAGGGGCUCGUUUAAUGGCUCGCAGAAGGGUGAAGAAAAUCCGAAGCUAGAAGUUAGGAUUCCUAUUACCGAGUACGACGAAGAUAGGAGCGAGCAAACUAAUCGAGAUUCGGUAAUUGAUGGAGAGUUUACGGCAACGGAAUUGAGUGAAACUGAAGCGGGAGAGUAUUCGGAUGAAGAGGAGGGUGAAACGGAUAAUGGAGAAAUUGAAGAAACUGAUGAAGAAGAGGAAGGAGUGGAUGGAAAUGAGGAAAUUGAUGGAGAUGCCAAUGAAAGAGAGGAAUUAGGUCAGGAGGAAAAAGUCGGGGAAGAAAUAGGUCAAGAGGAAGAAAAUAAGGGUGAAAGUGGAGAUAUGGGUGACGUUGAUAAAAAAGAAGAGACUGAUGUAGAGGAUGAUGGAGAAAAUGUGGAAAAAAUUAUGGAUAAUUUAGAUAAGAACGAAUCGAUUAAGGGAGUUGAUUUAAAAGAGGAAGAAGUUAACAUGAAUGAAAAAUUAAAUGAUGAGGCAAAAAAUGAGUUGAGUAAAGAAGAAAUUAAAAGUGAAUUUCAAGAAUUAAAUGAUAAUGGGAAAAUUAUGGAUAAUUUAAAUAAAAACGAAUCAACGAAGGAAAUUGAUUUUAAAGGUGAAGAAUCUAAUAUAAAUAAAGAAUUAAAUAAUGAUAAAAAAAAUGAGUUGACUAAAGAAGAAAUUAAAAGUGAGUUUGAAGAAGAAUUGAAUGAUUAUGGAAAAAUUGUGGAUAAUUUAGAUAAGAACGAAUCGAUUAAGGGAGUUGAUUUAAAAAAGGAAGAAGUUAACAUGAAUGAAAAAUUAAAUGAUGAGGGAAAAAAUGAGUUGAGUAAAGAAGAAAUUAAAAGUGAAUUUCAAGAAUUAAAUGAUAAUGGGAAAAUUAUGGAUAAUUUAAAUAAAAACGAAUCGACGAAGGAAAUUGAUUUUAAAGGUGAAGAAUCUAAUAUAAAUAAAGAAUUAAAUAAUGAUAAAAAAAAUGAGUUGAUUAAAGAAGAAAUUAAAAGUGAGUUUGAAGAAGAAUUAAAUGAUAAUGGAAAAAUUGUGGAUAAUUUAGAUAAAAACGAAUCGAUUGAGGGAAUUGAUUUAAAGGGUGAAGAAGAAUUAAAUGAUGAUAAUGAAAACAAUGAGUCGAUUAAAAAAGAAAUUAAAAGUGAAUUGAAAGGAGAAUUAAAUAAUAAUUAUGAAUAUCAACAAACUUAUUAG